CAUAAACCCUAAAAAAGCUUAAAUCUUCAUCUUCCCAUAAAUUAAUAAUAAUAUAGUAUACACUUCUCUAACUAGGUCUGUUGUCACACAAUCUAAUAGAAAGUUUGUUUUUUUUUAUUUUCUUCUUCUGAUUAUGUUUAAUUGAAUAUUCUCUGUUGCCCUUUCUGUGAAUCUCCUGUUCUCUGUCUCUGAUAAAAAUCUUUGAUAGAAGAACAAAACUGAGACAGAGAGACCGGAAAUGGCAAUGGUUGUUCCAAAACAAGGGCUUGUGGUGGUUAUGGAGAAGGACUCUGUUUCUUCAGCUUCAUCUGAUUCUCAUCUUCGUCUCCAACCUCAGUUUCCUGACUUUACUAUUCCUGUUAAAGAUUUCUUCAAGUCUAGGGAAGCCCGUGAGUUUCUUAGUGGGGCUUUAGCUGGAGCUAUGACAAAAGCUGUUCUUGCUCCACUUGAGACUAUAAGGACAAGAAUGAUUGUUGGUGUCGGAUCGAGAAGCAUCCCAGGUAGUUUUAUUGAAGUCGUACAGAAGCAAGGGUGGCAAGGUCUUUGGGCUGGCAACGAAAUUAAUAUGAUACGAAUCAUUCCAACUCAAGCUAUUGAGUUGGGGACUGCCAGUACACUUGUUUGCCAUCCUCUCGAAGUCCUCAAGGAUAGAUUGACUGUGAGCCCUGAUAUUUAUCCAAGCUUAACCCUUGCAAUUCCGAGGAUCUUUAGAGACGAUGGAAUCCGUGGAUUUUACGCUGGCUUAGGACCAACACUGGUCGGGAUGCUUCCAUACAGCACAUGUUAUUACUUCAUGUAUGACACAAUGAAGACUUCUUACUGCAAAUCCAAGAACAAAAAGGCUUUGAACCGUCCUGAGAUGCUUCUUCUUGGAGCUUUAGCUGGUUUAACGGCGAGCACUAUAAGCUUCCCGUUGGAAGUGGCGCGGAAGCGGUUGAUGGUGGGAGCUCUGAAGGGGGAAUGCCCACCGAACAUGGUCGCAGCAAUUGCAGAAGUAGUGAAGAACGAAGGAGUGAGGGGACUCUACAGAGGAUGGGGAGCAAGUUGUUUGAAAGUCAUGCCGUCUUCGGGCAUCACUUGGGUCUUCUAUGAAGCCUGGAAAGACAUUUUGCUUGCUGCCAACACCAAACCACUACUAUAAUGACGAAAUUGGAACUUAAAUUACCAUUGUUACUUAAAGCUAAGCCUCUCAUCACAUUUCAAAGUUAUGAUUUAGGGAAUGUGGUGACUUGGCUUUUACCCCAUGAGAUGUUUUUUUGGCAGUUGAGAGUGUUUUAACUCCCAUGAGAAGUAAGAAGCUGAGUUCUUUUUGUU